GUAAAGUGGUCAAAUUUGAUUGUGGCGUAACGUAACGCUUUAUCACAGAAGAUUUUGAUUGUGACAUUUCAGAAGCGCUGAUUAACUUGCACUUUACUCGCGUGCUUGUCCUUAUUGUGUUGAAUAUAUUCAACCAUCGAGUUGAUUAUGCAUGAAGGCAACCACAAACGCUCCACUGCUGAGGGGAAACAACAAAUGAUAACUGGUGAAGAACCAUCAGAUCUUUUUUGAGUGCCAGAACCUGAUGAAAGUGAAUGAAAGGAAGUGGAGGGUUGGAUGGUUUAAGAAAGCCGUAGCAGGAGGUGCCAAUGAGAAUGGCUUUCCUUGACAAUCCCACCAUCAUACUGGCCCACAUCCGACAGUCUCAUGUGACUAGUGAUGACUCAGGGAUGUGUGAGAUGGUGCUGAUUGACCAUGAUGUUGACUUAGAGAAGUGUUAUUUGGGUGCCAUAUCUGCUGGCAGUGGAUUAAUGGGUUUGUUAGGGGAUGGCAUUGUUAGUGGAGAUGUGCAGCCCUUUGACCUCUCACAGUCCGUGGACAUCACUUCCAGUUGGGACUUUGGCAUCCGUCGUCGCUCCAACACAGCUCAAAGGCUGGAAAGGCUAAGAAAGGAACGACAGAACCAGAUCAAGUGUAAAAACAUUCCAUGGAAGGAGAGGACAUCGUCUCAGUCAGCUGAAGACUUGAGCUUCCUUUUUGAAAAGAAGGACUUUAAGGACAGGCCUCGAAGCACAGGGACCAAAUCCACCCUCUCGCUGCGCCUAGAGCAGUGUCCUCAACAGCUCAACAACCCUUUUAAUGAGUACUCCAAAUUUGAUGGCAAGGGUCAUGUAGGUACAACAGCAACCAAAAAAAUAGAUGUCUACCUCUCAAUGCAGUCUACCCAGGAGAAGUUGCAUCCUAUGAUGGUGGUGACAAUGGCCAAUGCUCGAGUCCAUGAUCUUAUUGGCCUUAUUUGCUGGCAAUACACCAGUGAGGGCCGUGAACCAAAACUAAAUGAGAAUGUCAACACAUACUGCCUCCACAUAGCUGAGGAUGAUGGGGAGGUGGAUACAGAUUUCCCCCCUCUAGAUUCCAAUGAGCCCAUCCACAAGUUUGGUUUCAGCACACUUGCUCUGGUUGAGAAGUACUCAUCUCCAGGACUAGGCCCCAAGCAGUCACUUUUUGUCAGAAUAAAUGCAGCUCAUGGUUUCUCGCUGAUUCCGGUGGACAGUUUAAAGGUAACCAUGAAGGAGAUUCUACAGAAGGCGCUCAAGAAAAGAAAAGGCUCACAAAAGGGUUCAGGCCCUAUGUAUCGUUUGGAAAAGCAGAUGGAGCCAAAUAUGGCAGUGGAGCUGGACAGUACACUGGAGAGUCAGAGCACACUGGAGUUCUGUUUAGUCCGAGAGAACAGCUCCAGAGGAGAGGAGAGCUCAGAAGAAGACCCGCCCAUAGACAUCAAUACAGUACAAGAUAUGUUGAGCAGUCACCACUACAAAUCUUUUAAGAUAAGCAUGAUCCACAAGCUCCGCUUCACUACUGAUGUUCAGCUAGGUAUAUCAGGUGAGAAGGUGGAGAUUGAUCCUGUCACCAAUCAGAAAACAAGCACUAAGUUCUGGAUACGACAGAAACCCAUCUCCAUCGACUCAGACCUACUUUGCGCAUGUGAUCUGGUAGAGGAGAAGAGUCCAAGCCACGCAAUAUUUAAGCUCACAUAUCUUAGCAACCAUGACUACAAGGUCCUUUACUUUGAAUGUGAUGCUGCUACAGUCAAUGAGAUCGUGCUAAAGGUGAACUACAUCCUUGAGUCUCGAGCCAGCACCUCAAGAGCUGAGUAUUUUGCACAGAAACAACGCAAACUCAGCCGACGUACCAGUUUUAGCUUUCAAAAAGACAAGAAAUCAAGCCAGUAGGACAUAGUCAGACCUCUGAGAAAAAUAGAAGGACAAAAUCGUUGUUAAACAGAAGCCUUUAAUAAAACUGAAAGGGUAUAAUGCAAUAGCUUCAACAAGAGAGAAGUAAAAACAAUCAUAACAAUGUCUAAGGGGAAAAGAUGGGGAAAACAAAUAAUGUUUAGGGAAGGAAAAGAAGAAACUAGAAUGCAGAUUAAUAGAAGCUGAUGAAAUUAAGGUUGUGAGGUAAAGAUUAAGAGCAGGAGACUCAGUAGUUGAAACUCCUCAGUGUCUGUCUCUAUAUUGGACUUAGCCAUUAUCUGCACUGAUACUCUCUACUGUCAUUGAAAAAUGUGAAACGAGAAAAUAAAACAGGACAAUUUUAUUUGACACCAUCCAGUCUUUGUCACUAUAGCAUAAGGAAAGCGAAGCUACAUUUUUGUGCCAGGGUUAGUGUUUUUGUAUUAUGUCCACUGCAUACAAGUGUAUCAAAUGCAUGCAGGUGGACAUAAGAUCAAAAUUUAAAAUGGCAACCACAUUCAGGACCAUAUUAAAAAAAACCUUCUUACUCAUACUUAAAUUAAAAACACAGCAGUCUGGGGACUUAAAAACUUAACUUAAAUCAAGGCAUUUUUGCUUGUGCCUUUUAACAGUAAAACUGAACCAGACUUAUUUUAAUAUAUUUGGUUGUUAGGUUCCAGAAAUUACUAAUUUGAUCAGAUAAAUUAGUAAUUGUAUUUUUUCCCCCGUGUGAUUUGUUCUAUUUCAUCACUCCUAGCCACCAAGGGUGACGAGAAUCACCUUGUUGAGUGUAUGCACACAUGCCGAGACCUUCCAACAAAGUCACAUAUUGACGUGUCAGUAUAUACUGCUGUUGUACUGCAAUCGUUCCUCUUUUUUCUUCACGCCUCAAAUGGCUUGAGCCAUGUGUACACAAUAUGUACAUGGUAUGGCCAGGAUAUGGCUUUGAGUAAAAGAGAAUUAUGAGAAUGCAGGUUUCACAUGCACACAUUGUAUGACCUCAGGUCAAAGCUGUUUCAUUAAUGGGUGUCUCUGAAAAAUGUUUAAGCUGCAUGCUCUGUCAAUAAUCAUGCGUUGGUGCUCAUAUAAAUCUGGGUGACCUUUUGGUUGAUUACUUGUUUUCCACCCAAUUUUGUGAAUCACUCAAUUAACAAAUGCAGCAUUUCUUAAAAGUGGGGAUGCAGGGCAUGUUCCUUGCUGUGCUAGGUGCAUGGCCUGCAGUAAUAUUUAUAUCGGAUAACAGGCAUCCAAUCCUCAGACCACCUGUUCAUCAGCCCGGUCUAAGGAGAGGCUGGCUCACCCAGUCCAUUCCAAAGUACAACCCUGUAAUGUGUAUCUCCUCCUCAUAGUCAUUAUAUCUGUCCUUUUCCUCAUGAAACGCUAACCAUCCAGGUCAUUCUCACCGCCCCUGGCAGUUAGGAGAGGUAAAAUAUAAUGCUUCUGGAGAAAAUGGUUUUGUGAGUCCAAGAUAACCAAAUACUGCAGCAGACGUCACUACCUGACUUUGUCAGAAAAUUUUGUCAUGUGUCCACAUAUUCACAAGAAAAUAUCCAUGUGAUUACCACUGCCUAUAGCAGUUAACCAGGGUUGACUAUUGUUUUGAUUUUUUUUUUUUAAGCAAAUUGAGAAUGUAUAACAUACUCUUUUUACUUUAUACAUUAUAUAUUUUAAGCUUGUUAAAUCUGCAUGUUACUGUCUUUGCUUAUCCCUUUGCUUUAGUUCAAAAAUUGGAUCAAACUUGCAAAAAACUGGAUGAACUUUUUAAACUGGAUUUUUUUUUUUUCAAAUCCAAAACUCAUGCUUCACCUCAAUUUCAAUCCAAAUUUCUGGCUGCCAUUUUGUGUUGACUGCUUGAUGCACCAUCCCCCCAACACCCCUCCCCUCGUUUGUGGUCUGUGAAGCUGCAGUGCUAAUAAAUGAACUGACAGCAGGGCCUUCCUUUUCUGGGAAUAAGUGCUACAUAAUUGCAUUUCAAAUUAAACACAUUUUAAUAAGACAUAUGGCAUUAACAGUAUUUGCUAGAUUGUGCAGAUACUGUAUUUAAGUAAAUUGACCCAAUAAAGACUGGUAUAAAUACU